AUGACUGGGGCAGGAGAUGGAGGAGACAGGAGAUGGAGGAGACAGGAGAUGGAGGAGACAGGAGAUGGAGGAGACAGGAGAUGGAGGAGACAGGAGAUGGAGGAGACAGGAGAUGGAGGAGACAGGAGAUGGAGGAGACAGGAGAUGGAGGAGACAGGAGAUGGAGGAGACAGGAGAUGGAGGAGACAGGAGAUGGAGGAGACAGGAGAUGGAGGAGACAGGAGAUGGAGGAGACAGGAGAUGGAGGAGACAGGAGAUGGAGGAGACAGGAGAUGGAGGAGACAGGAGAUGGAGGAGACAGGAGAUGGAGGAGACAGGAGAUGGAGGAGACAGGAGAUGGAGGAGACAGGAGAUGGAGGAGACAGGAGAUGGAGGAGACAGGAGAUGGAGGAGACAGGAGAUGGAGGAGACAGGAGAUGGAGGAGACAGGAGAUGGAGGAGACAGGAGAUGGAGGAGACAGGAGAUGGAGGAGACAGGAGAUGGAGGAGACAGGAGAUGGAGGAGACAGGAGAUUGGGGAGACAGGAGAUGGAGGAGACAGGAGAUGGAGGAGACAGGAGAUGGAGGAGACAGGAGAUGGAGGAGACAGGAGAUGGAGGAGACAGGAGAUGGAGGAGACAGGAGAUGGAGGAGACAGGAGAUGGAGGAGACAGGAGAUGGAGGAGACAGGAGAUGGAGGAGACAGGAGAUGGAGGAGACAGGAGAUGUAGGAGACAGGAGAUGGAGGAGACAGGAGAUGUAGGAGACAGGAGAUGGAGGAGACAGGAGAUGGAGGAGACAGGAGAUGGAGGAGACAGGAGAUGGAGGAGACAGGAGAUGGAGGAGACAGGAGAUGGAGGAGACAGGAGAUGGAGGAGACAGGAGAUGGAGGAGACAGGAGAUGGAGGAGACAGGAGAUGGAGGAGACAGGAGAUGGAGGAGACAGGAGAUGGAGGAGACAGGAGAUGGAGGAGACAGGAGAUGACGGCGACAGGAGAUGGAGGAGAUGGAGGAGACUGGAGAUAA